AUCAUGACAGAGGCUAGGCGUGGGAGGAUGCAGCGACGGCCCCCAACUUGGGAGAUCUCGGACUCGGACUCUGAGGGCGACGCUACAGCGGAGGCUGGUGCUGGGGCCCGGAGCGCAGCAGGGGAGCUCAAGACAGCACGUGAGACACGACGGCCCGAGACGGCCUUGCAGCGCCGGACGGUGUGCGUGGACCCAGCUGUCCUGGAAGAUGCCGGCUCAGACAUCCUGAUGGAGGCACUGAGUGCCCUGGGCUGUAAAUGCUGCAUUGAGCCGCAGAGUCCAGCCCGCAGUCUGCAGUGGCGUGGAGUGAGGCUUGACCCCCAGGCCUCAGGCGUACUUCCUGAGUUGUGGGCUGCAGAGGACCAGGAGCUGCUGCUGCUAUUGAAGCCAGAAGAAUUUCUUCAGGGUGUGACUCAGAUUACCCAGACCUCAGGCCCACCCUGUUCCAUACCCUGGAUUUCUACUGAGACCCCUGCCCGCCUCCACGUGGCUGUCAUUGGGCUGGAUGCCUACCUGUGGUCUUACCAGCCAAAUGCCCAAAGGAUACAGCAGCCAGAGAGUCCAGAGGUGGCCCAGGCCCAGCAGACUAUUGGCUGGCCUGAAGUAGAAGAGGCCUUGGUGCUCCUGCAGCUCCUCAGAGACCUGGAUGUGCUGUUGGUGGCCUCAUGGCAGGAGCUGAGUCAGCAUGUAUGUUCCUUCACCAAAGCCCUCGCCCAGCGUCCCUCCAAGCAGUACCGGGACUCCCUAGCCUUUUCCUUCUGCACAUCAGGGCGCUGGGCUUCAGGCCAGAGAGUGGCCAGAGAUGGCUCUGGGCUGCAGGGGGUGUGGUGGAAGCAGAUCCAGCAAUUUAACAGGGUCAGCCCAGCUGUAGCUGAUGCUGUGGUUGCUGCCUUUCCCUCCCCUCGCCUUCUGCAGCAGGCACUCCUGGCCUGCAGCACAGAACAGGAGCGCCUGGGCCUCCUGGCUGACCUCCCUGUCAAGGGCCACAAAGGCAGGCAGCACCGCAGGGUUGGACCUGACCUCUCCCGCAGAAUCUGCCUCUUCCUGACCACUACCAACCCUGACCUCCUGCUGGACCUGGGCUCCUGAGCACAGCACAUCCAUUAGCAGGACUAUAUAUAGCUUAACUGAGAGACCAGACACACUUAAAGGGCAAGACCCCAGCACACCUAAGGUAGACUAGAGUGGAUUCAUCUUGGGUCAGUCAGGUCUGAGCUGUCUGAGCUGCCUGAGCGUGACAGGAGGCUGAAGAGUGGAGGGAAGUUCUGCAAUGAGCAGAAAAACACCUGUUCUUCCCCAGCCUGGGAUUGUCAGAAAACCGGACAUAGGCCCUCUGGCUUUAGGGGAACCAAGCAGCAGGGCAGUGUGUCCAGAAGGGCUGUCAGGCAGCAGCAGCCAGGCCCACAGUUACCAGAGGCUUGAGGACUGGCUUCCUUGGGAGGAAUAAGAGAUCUUGGGGAGAGGAGAAUCAGGCUUGCCCCUUCCAGGCUGUUGGAAACUGCCAGAUCUGACAUGAGGAAAACUGGACACGGGAGCCCAAGGCCUUGAGGUGGACUUUUUAAUCUUACAGCUGUGUAGGCAUCUGUUACAAUUAUUAAAGUCUCUGUGACAGGAGCAGCAGCUGACAACAUGCAAAGCGACCUAAGAAAAAACCCAGAUCUGGCAAGAACUGAGCUCCAGCAGAGCCCGUGUCUUUCUUGGGGCAACAGACACCUACACCCCAGCCUCCUAGGCCGAGUCUAGGUCUAGAGGUGCUAGGCUGCUCCUCCCAGGACACUAAGAGGGAGAUGCUAUGAGCACAGUACGGCUUCAACCCUGCCAGGCACAAGCAGCGGAGCUGACUCAUAGCCUGGGGCCCCAGGUCCCCUGGAGAAAGACUGUCCUGACCCUGGGGGAGAUGGAACAACCCCAGGUGGAUUUCAGCCCAGCUCUCCUCUCUCCUGCCUGAUAGAAAAGGAGCAGAGAUGGAGAAAAUGCCAGUCACAGGCUGAGGUGGCAGUCUUCAUCAAGAAAUAAAGUCAGGUCCUUCGGCA